AAUCCCUUGGCGAGGAAAUCGGAUUCUACUUGGCGCUCCAGCUGUUCUUCGUCGAAAUAAACAUCGGCCGAUAACUCACACAACAUUAUACGUCUUGAACUUGUCGUGACGCUUUGAAAUUUUCUUCCUCCACGCAGAGCUCGGCAGGGAAGCCAACAUAGCAUUUCCCUCCGCGUAAUGCAUUUUUUUGCCAGUUUACGCCAUCUGUUUUUUCGCGAUUGAUGUUUUUGUAGUUGUUAUUUGAUUUCUGAUUCGGUAGUUUUAAGUAAAAAAAUAGUGGCGGAGAACUGGCCUUUCUUUCGCCGGGGCCGGAGAAGGUCCCGACCGGUGCCCGUCCAUGGAUUUGGGUAGCCACCAUUCAAGAUACCAUGCUCCCACCAACAAUCUGGAAGAGCUGUGUCGGAAAACAAAGUUUUCUAAAAAAGAAAUUCAACUUAUGUAUCGUAGCUUUAAGCAGGAGUGUCCAAGUGGUUAUGUCGAAGAAGAUACGUUCCGGUUUAUAUUUUCACAUUUUUUCCCAUAUGGAAAUUCAAGCCUUUAUGCACACUACGUCUUCAGAACUUUUGAUCCGAACAAAAAUGGUGCCAUUACUUUCAAGGAUUUCAUUACGUGCCUGUCUAUAAUGUGCAGAGGAACACUGCAAGAGAAGCUGGAAUGGGCUUUUAAAUUGUACGAUAUCAACGGGGAUGGUAGAAUUACUAAAAAAGAACUGACGGACAUCGUGUGUUCAGUUUAUGCUCUUAUGGGACGAAAGUCUUAUUCACACGUUGAAGACAAAGCCUUACGAGAACAUGUCAAUAAAACAUUCGAGAAAAUGGAUAUAAACAAAGAUGGUGUUGUGACAAUAGAUGAAUUUAUGGAGAUUUGUUCAAAAGAUGAAACGAUAGCACGAUCCUUGUCGUUAUUCGAUACUGUAAUCUGAUACUGCAUCGUUUAUGAAGAAGUACCUAAGAAUAAGUAUGAGCUUUAGAUGAAUUGUUUAUUGUGUGCUCUUUUUGAUGCAAUGACUUAGUCGACAACGCUUUAUGGAUACUUUAUGGGAAAAAAAUAUCUAUCGUUAACUUAUUACUGUAAAUACAUUCCAAUGGAUAGUCAUCAUUUUAAAGGAACUGUGAUUUGCUUAGAGGAAAAAAGAGAGUAUUUUUUCAUAAGUAAUAUUAUAGCAAAGAAAGCAUAUCUAAAUGCAUAUGUUCAAGGGUAAAAUGUAAA